GGAGAACGGAACGGCACGGCACGGAACGGAGGAGCAGCAGCUCCGGGUGCUGCCCGGGAGUCCCGGGGGGCGGGCGGGGAGGAAGCGGGCGGCUUUCCCUUUGGAAGCCCGUCCCCAUUACCCGUUGGGCGUUGCAUCCGUGUCUCCAGCAGUUCAGGGCGGGCAUCCCCAGGGUGCGGUGCUUCCUCGGCAUUAUUGCCUUUAUUUCUUUUUUUUUUUUGGUUAAUGUGCCAUUUUUUCAGCUGCGGAAAGGCUUUUCGGGUGGAAGCAUGCAAGAAAAGGAGAAAAAAAAUACCAAAACUCACAUUCCGCAGGCCUGAAAGGCAAGAGCGGUGUGUUUUUCCCCGAAACAACAACAAAAACACUCCUCCCCAGCAAAACCAGGGCUGGUGGGAGACGGAAACUCCAUCAGCGUCCGCUGCUCUUGUUGAAGUCUGCCAGCCAAGUGAUAACUCUCAUUGGGACAGCUCUUCUUGUCUGCUGGGGUUUAUGCAACUCUUUGGCAGGCAGCUUUCUUUUGACGACAUGAAAAAGUUAAGGGAUCGCUUUAAUUGAGAGGUCCCCGUGGACCUUCCCCCGUUGAAAUGAAUGAAAUGGCCACUGUCUUCAUCUGUUAUCUAAAAAAACAGUCAAGGGUACUGCUUCUGAGCCGCCCCGUCGCUGGUGAGACAAUUGAGGGCUCGGGUGUAGCUGGGAUUUCUGGCAGUUUUCAUGUGGUUUUAAGGCCAGUGGAAGGUCUCCACCGUGCCUAAAGCUGUGGUCGUACGUCCCUCUGCAGAGCUGUGUCAGUCCUGCCUGAGGAUUUGGGCUUGCUGCUUCUUGUCGUGAGGGUUAAUCUUGAUGUGUCUCUACCGCUGGCAGCCUGAGCUCUGAAUUUUUGUGGUUUUGUUGGAAAAUGCUUUUUUCUCAUGAGAUUUUGGUUGGAAGAGGAGGAAUCCAGCCAGCGAGCAUCGUUUCUCCUUGUGGCCAAGGCCCUGGCUUUCAAAGCUGAGCGCCCAAGGCUUGGCAUCAUCUUGCAGAAGAAGUUCUGUCCCUGUGGCCGUGGAUGUGGGAAAAUCACCUUCUGAAGCCUCACUGAGUGGGAAGGCUGAAGGCGAUGGUAGGUGGGACUGCGCAGAGGUGGAGACAGACUAUCCGGAGCUAGUGGACAGCCUGCGCCAGCUUUUAGGGGCAGAGGAAGCCAAGCCCUGCUCGCAAGGGAUGGAGAGCAUGGCAAUGAGUGGACGCAGUCGCUUGGCCACCAGUGUUACCCAGGGAGGUUCGAGCUACCGCCAAGAAGUGUCUUCAGCAUCCACAUCCAGAUUUCCCAGAGAAAGAGCAAGCCUCUCGGAGACAGAGUUGUUAAUUUAUAGAGCUGUCGACGGCGAUGUGCCUCAUCAUGUUAGCCACCGGUUCCUCUCCCCAGAAGAGCAGCAGGUGAAGGCAUCGGGCUGUUGGGAGCCGGCAUCCAGCCCUCCCAGCCGGCGUGGCUCUGCAGAGGAGAGCAUCCUUGCUGGCAGCUGCCACGAUGCCCAUGCCGGCCAGUGGAGCCGAAGGUUAGCAGUUCAAUCACCAUUAUCCUCCACCCUGGAGGUCCUGCGGCCCCCAACGUCCCCCAGCCCCGAGAGUGCCCUGCGGAGCCACUCCGCAUCAAGCUUCUCCACUCUGUCUUCAGAAGAAAAUGGCCUCUCUGAAGAGCCGGCCCAAAGCAUGCCGGCCAGUGCAGAUGUGUCUUCUCCUGCAGGCACUGCCACCCGGGACCUAUGCUGUUGGUGGGCUGCGGCAGAAGGCAGGGUGCCGCGGGCACGCAAGCUUUUCAGUCCUCUGCUUGAUGACCGUGCCACCGUGGAGCGCAUCAGGGAGAUGUCAUCAUGCCAAGCCAAUUACUGGGCAUGUGCCAUACCUGAUUCAUUACCCCCAUCUCCAGACCGUCAUUCACCCCACUGGAACCCCAAUAAAGAGUAUGAGGACUUGCUGGAUUAUGCUUAUCCGCUGAAGCCAAGAUACAAGCUGGGAAAGAUGCCAGAGCAUUUCCUUCACGAUUCAGGAAUAGGUUUGGACAGCUUUUCUGUUUCCCCUGAGGGCACGUCAAGGUCCACCAGCAUCUACGGCCGAGGUGGGCAGGCUCGAGGAAGUGGAGAAAAUGGAUGUUGGGGGUUCGUGGCCUCUGCAGACAGGUUCUCCGCCCCAGGGCCUGGAAAAAGAGGCCGCUCAGGAGCUGGCUCAUACUAUGAACCUUUACCUAUUGCAAAAGCAUCCUUUGCAAAGAGUGCUUCCAAUCGUCCUUCUAGAGGUUCUGCUAAGGAUGUAACGACAGAGUCAGCUAAGCCAGGUUUAUCUGGCUGCCCUGCUGCAGAUGGGAGAAGCUGGUGCACCAGAGGGAGCCCCCUUCCAAACUACAAAGGGCAGGCAAAAAGCACUAGUAGUUUUUUACCUACAACAGGAGUGCUCCCCCUGAGGAAAGAGUGGGAGGGUGAUGAAGAAUUUCUCUCCCUGCCUCCGAGACUGCAGGAGCUGGAAAGGCUGGCUCAGUUUUUGUCCAAUCUUUCCUUAACAAUAAGGACGCCUGGGCACAACCACCGAAACCUUCCACGUCACAGUGACGGCAGGCAGCCCCUUUCGUCUGAGUUGGCUCCUUUUGGAGAAGUGGGUGGCAGGGACAAAAGAGGUAAUAUUGAGGAUUAUGCUGGGCUGUGGCACCCCUGCAGCUCUCGAAAGCCCAGCUGGGAAGACACUGAAUCAUGUGGCCGGAUCCGUAGGGAUCCUCUGCGGGGGAUUCAUGUACCGACCGGUCUCGGGGACACAUUGGAUGGGACGUACCUAAAUGAACCACGGGUCAAGGGGCAUCUGAAGAAGAGCCAGGAGGGCGAGUCCCUUGCCCAGUGUGUUAAGAUGUUUUGCUGCCAGCUGGAAGAGCUAAUUCGUUGGCUGUACAAUGUUGCAGACAUCACCAACAGCUGGGUCCCAGCCACGCUGGAUGCUGAGAGCAUGAAGGCAUUGCUGCACCGCUACUUGGAGUUCAGGAAAGAUGUGGCCAACCACCGGAGCCUGACGGAGAGUGUGCUGGAGAGGGGAGAAGCUCUCCUUGACUGCAUGGCAUCAAAUUCGCCAGCUCUGAAAGACACGCUGGGUUUGAUUGCAAAACAGUCAGAAGAGCUAGAAAGCCACGCGGAGCACUUGUACGAAUCUGUUCUAGCUGCUGUGGGUCCCAUGCAGGGUGAGGACGGGAUGGAGAACAAGGGAGUGCAGCAGACAGCUGCUCAGUGGCCUAAAAGGAGAAGAAAGCAAGGGCGAUCUCAAAAUGGAUGCCCCAUCAUCUUUAAAUGUGUGUCAGGGGAAGAGCAGUGUGAUGAAACCCAAGAUCGUGAGAGCGAUGGCAGCUCCUCGGAGGGACCCAGGGAGCCAGCAGGCACGUCGCUGUCAGUCAGGGUGGAGGGAUCAUCAGCAGUCUGUCCGGCACACACAGCUGCUCUACUGAAAUCACUUGGACAGCAGAGGGAAGAUGGGAAAGGGGUGCUGCCUCUAUCAGACCUGGGCUUCGUUAGCCAGUCUCGGGAUGGCUGAGAAGAAAUGCAGCAACCACCAAACCACCUCUUUCACCUCUUGCAGAGAUGCCAAAUACCUAUGAUCACUGU